AUGGACGAGGCCACGGAGCUGCAGACGGGCGGGAACUCCCUCCUGAAGGCCGUGUGGCUCGGCCGGCUCCGGCUCACCAGGCUCCUGCUGGAAGGGGGGGCUUACAUCAACGAGAGCAAUGAGAAAGGCGAGACCGCCCUCAUGGUGGCCUGUGUCACCAAGCACGUGGACCAGCAGAGCAUCAGCAAAGCCAAGAUGGUGAAGUACCUGCUGGACAACCGAGCCGACCCCAACAUCCAGGACAAGGCUGGGAGGACAGCGCUCAUGCACGCCUGCAUGCAGGGCGCGGGCGCAGACGUGGUGUCCCUGCUGCUGGAGAACGGGGCAGACCCCAGCCUCGAGGACCACUCCGGGGCGUCCGCGCUGGUCCACGCCAUCAACGCCGACGACGAGGACGUGCUGCAGCACCUCCUGAACGCCUGCAAGGCCAAGGGCAAGGAGGUGAUCAUCAUCACCAUGGACAAGUCGGCCUCCGGCACCAAGAGCGCCAAGCAGUACCUGAACGUGCCCCCGGCGCUGCAGUUCAAGGAGAAGGCGCCGGCCGAGGGCUGCGCGACCCCCUCCGACAUCAGCCUGAAAACCCCCGCCGGCAAAACCGCCUCCCCGCUCACCGCUGGGUUGAAAACCCUCGUCCCCGUCGCUCCCAGCUCGCCCCGGAGAGGGGACUUGAGGUCCAAAAAGAAGCUUCUCCGGAGGCACUCCAUGCAAGUGGAGCAGAUGAGGCAGCUCUCUGAUUUUGAGGAAAUAGUGGCUCUGUAG